UGUACUGACGCAAAACGAAAUGUAAUCUGUCAAGCUACAUUUGCUGGCCUUUUGUUUUAUUUUAUUGUAUCCAGUCCCAGGAAUAUGUUAACAGGGACACUUUUGCUUAUAUCAUAUGAUAUUAACACCAAUGUCGGUUGUUAAUUGAUGCCAUUAAUGGUUGUGGAUUGUUUGAGGGCAGCACAAAUUGCACAGCUACAGUAAGCUGCAGGUAUCCUUGCGCUUUUUUGUUGGUGUGGUGCACCUGUGUUAUAAAUAACUUCUGGUAAUUAAGAGGGAAUUUUUAAAUUGUAUUUUUUUCUUUUUUGUAAUGAUCUACAGCACCUAGUUACUUUAUUUAUCUGUCAGUACUGUAUCAACAUACUAUGUAUAAAUAAAUAUGCCGUUUAAAUAAACUGGUUUUCAUGUGUAAAGCCUUGAAAUGUAAUUUUUAAAAAAAAUACCUGUCUUCUGAUAUAUUUACGGAUAAUGUACCCAUCGUCAGCCCCGAACACUUCAACAUCAAUCCUGAAAAACCAAAUAUUUUCUAAUAUGGCCUUUAUGACACUUCCAUACAAAACAACCAGACUGCUAUAAAUAUAUUAGCCAUGUGCAUUAGUAUAGCACUGCUGUCUGUUUGACUGAAUCUGUUGCUAUGUUUGAAUAUGUGAAUACAUGUCCUGCAAUGGACUUCCCAAAAGGAGAUCAAAUCUGAGGUAGUGUUUUACAAUUCAUUUACAUGUUGUUACAAUAGACGGCUAAAUAGUUACCUACUAUUCCAAAUGUAUUUUUUAUGCGUUUGUUUAUUUCAAGACGAGUUAUUGCUUUGGGUAAUAAACAAUUCCCUGAGAUGAUGGACGUGUAAAGAACACUAGGACCCAGAGGAAGUUUCAGCUGAGGAAAUAGGAAUUAGGAGUCACUGUACAUCAUGUCCACUGUAUCAGUUGCUGUUCGCAGGCAUGUAUCUUUUAUUAUGAACUCCGGACAAAACUGAAAACAAACUGCAGUUUGUUUUUGGAAAAUUCGGCACAUUGAAAUGGAAUACGACAGUGUGUUAGAACAGCUGAUCCCAGAACUGAGUGUCCUGUUGAAACUGCUGGACCAUGAAUACCUGAGCACCACCACGAAAGAGAAGAAGACAGCAGUGAGCAACAUCCUGCAGAAACUCCAGCCAUCCUCCGUGAAUGGAACAGAUUACAUAUAUAUGAACACUACGGCUUAUGGGAAUGGGACUAGCUUUGUGGAAUCUUUAUUUGAAGAGAUCGCAGAUUGUAACAUUGGGACUCUCAAAGACGCUCCAGAGGAGAAGAAAGAGGAAAGCGAGGCAGAAGCCUCUGAGACAUCACCUUCCAAGACAAGUACAGCUGAUACACCUCCUCCACUGCCCACCACCCCACCUCCUGAGGAUUAUUAUGAGGAGGCAGUGCCCCUGGGUCCGGGCAAAGCACCUGAGUUUAUCACCUCAAGGAGCAGUUCCAGCCCACCAAACUCAAUAGAAGAUGGAUACUAUGAAGAUGCUGACAACAACUAUCCAAUCACCAGGAUUAAUGGGGAACAGAAGAACUCAUACAACGAUUCCGAUGCGAUGAGCAGCUCGUACGAGUCCUAUGACGAGGAGGAGGAGGAUGGGAAGGGACAGCAGCUGACGCACCAGUGGCCUUCAGAGGAGAACUCCAUGAACCUGGUGAAGGACUGCCGCAUCUGCGCCUUCCUUCUGCGCAAGAAGAGAUUCGGACAGUGGGCCAAGCAGUUCACUGUCAUCCGCGACAACAGGCUCCUGUGCUACAAAAGCUCCAAGGUUCAGAGCCCUUACAUGGACCUGGCCUUGAACAUGUGUAACGUUAUCUACGUUCCAAAAGACGGGCGACGUAAGAAACACGAGCUGCGCUUCUCUCUGCCUGGCUCUGAGGCCCUGGUGCUCGCGGUGCAGAGCAAGGAGCAGGCUGACGAGUGGCUCAAGGUGAUCAGAGAAGUCAGCAGCCAGUGUAAUGGGGUUCAUGGGUUAGAAGGAUCAACCUCACCGAUGAUUCUGCGGAAAAUAGAACUGGACAAGAGAUUAUCCGUGGAUAAACAGACCUCGGACUCGGACAGUGCAGUCACGGGAGACAAUAGCAGCCCGGUGAACAGGAGGGAAGGCAGGGAUCAUGUUAAAGGGAAGAGAAGUGGCCUGGCUGAAUUAAAGGGCUCCAUGAGCAGGGCAGCAGGGAGGAAGAUCACAAGGAUCAUCAGCUUCUCCAAGAAAAAGCCUACCACUGCUGAGGACACCCAGACAUCUUCCACUGAUGAGGACGUUCCAUGCUGUGGUUACCUGAACGUGCUUGUGAACCAGUGCUGGAAGGAGCGCUGGGUCUGUCUGAGAAGGAAUACUCUGUAUUUCCACAAGGACCAGUCGGACCAGCGAACCCACGUCAACGCUAUCGUGCUGCAGGGCUGUGAGGUGGCAACCGGACUAGGCCCCAAGCACCCCUUCGCUUUCCGACUGCUGCGCCACAGCCAUGAGGUGGCAGUCUUGGAGGCAAGCUGCUCUGAAGACAUGGGCCGGUGGCUGGGACUGCUUUUGGCUGGGACUGGAUCCUCCACAGAUCCGGAGUCUCUGCAUUAUGACUAUGUGGAUGUGGAAACCAUUGGCAACAUUGUCGACGCUGUCAGGCAUUCCUUCCUCUGGGCAACCUCUUCUUGCAGCCCUGGAGGAGUGAUUGACUCCAGGACGUAUGAUGAUGUACCCUACGAGCAAGUCCAGAUGGAAGAACAGAAGCGUCCCGCGGUGACUCCAGUAAAACGGCACUCAUCCUUCUCCAGUAAAGAGACCCACAAGAUAGACCCGCAGGUUAAGAUAAAACGCCACGGCUCAAAUGCCAACCAGUAUAGGUAUGGGAAGACCCGCGCUGAAGAAGAUGCAAAGAGAUACUUGAGUGAGAAGGAGAAGUUGGAAAAACAGAAGGAAGUGAUUCGAAAUGAACUGGUAGUGCUGCGCAAGGAGAGGAGAGAAGUGAAGGAGUCACUGAAAAGCACCACAGGUAAGAAAUCGAAAGCCCUGGAAGAGAAGAUUGCACAGUUGGAAGAGAAGUGUCGAGAGAAGGAAAGCCAGCGAGUGGAUCUGGAGCUCAGCCUGACGGAGGUGAAGGAGAACUUGAAGAAGUCAUUAGCGGGGGGAUCUCUUGGGGCAGCCGGGGACAACACGACUGGCUCACAGAGCUCAGGAACAAAAAGUGAGAGCAACUACGCAGAGCCUUACCUUCCAGUGAACUGUGCUUCAGAAAUCCGAAAGCGCACCCCGUCCAUCACUGCCUCAGGGAAAGGCAGUGUCAUGAAGAAGGCUAAGGAAUGGGAGAUGAAGAGAGGAACCUAAGUGACUGUGUGUCAUGUGGGCACUUCAAAACUGAGAGAGGUUUCAUUCAGCGUAGAGAGCAUUUUGAAAUGCAAAUUCAGAAUCUAUUCCAGUUUCAUCUUUUGCUAUUUUCAGAAUGCCUUAUGUCAUUUUGUAACAAAAGAAGGAAGACUGAUUAGUAUCUGCCAUGGUGUUUGUCAAUCAGUGGGAUUUCUAAGGGCAAGACGGACAAAAGGGUCUUUUAUAUAUAAAAAUAAUGCAGGACUUUCUUUAAUUGGUGUCCAGAUAUUUCAGCUACUCUUGCAUUGAAAUGUAAGAGAAGCAUGAUUUAUGAAUACAGGGUCCUAGAUUUCAAAGCUUGAUAGUGUACACUGAGCAAUUCCUCCCAGUGUAAGUUUGGAAAGUAAUUAAGUACAUUAAUUAAAUGAGUUAUGUAAACUUUAAUUGAGCAAAACCAAAGAGAACUUAUUUUGUUAAAUUGAAUAUAUUUCCUCAAACUUCACAUAUAUUUUGUAUUACAAAUUUUAAUUUGCCACUAUCUGUGAAUUUAAGAGUGUAAUUAAUAAUAAAAUAGCCUAGAGAUAGAGAGAAGAUAGAAACUAGGAAUUAGAUAUUUCAGCUGUGUGUGUCAAAAUGCACGCUGUACAUGUUUUUGACUGUAAGAAUGCUGUAAAAAAAAAAAAAAAGAUUGACAAUUGUUUUUAUUUAAUUUUUAUAGAAUUUACUGACCACUUUAGAUAAAAUCCAAGAGAUUUUCUUUUUUAAAAGUUUUUUCUUGCUUUGAUAUUUACAUUGAGUAUUAGUGUUCUUGUGUAUUUUAUAUUCAGACAGUAUGUCUUUAAGAUAAGUUUUUCUUAAAUACUAAGAAGCCAAAAGCCAGGUUGCAAAUUUUCCAUUCCAGGUUUUGGCUAAAUGUGAGGAUAACAGGAUAUAUAGACUUUCUAAAACUACUAAAAGGUGACGGGUAGAUCUGAACUGACCUAAUACUAAUACUAAUAUUGCAGUUGAAUACUUAAACUAAAGCUAGUUAGGACUUUCAACUGACUGCCAUCUGCUCUAUCAUAAAAAAACGGCAAGGGCACUUCAGAAAACUGAAAGCAUGGGUAUUCCUGGAAUUAUUUUAAAAAAAAAAUGCUCUCCAGACCUGCCAGAGUAUACAGAUAGGUUCCUAGACACAUGAAGGAACUAAACAGAGUAAAUGAAUUAACACAAAGGUGAAUUGAUAAAUUGAGUUUCACUGCUGGGGCCGUUUCAUGUAUGAAUCCAUUUCCAUAUUGAGUGCUUCAAAGUGCGUAGAUCUGGUAGAGGAGCUGUGAGCUCCAAGUCUCUGUUAACAGAAGUUCUUCUUACCCGGAUUCUUUCAGCUUUUCUACAUUGAACUGGUUUCUCUGUUUCAGUAACUUCUACUUGUUCAAAUGUAUGCACUUUAAAAGAUGUUUUCAAUAACUAGAGGUGGCGAUGGACCACCCAGCUUCCCUGUGUUGAUUCCUCUUGGAAACUGUUUACAAAUGUGAAAAUAAAAGAAGCAUUAUCUUUCCCUAA